AUGUUUUCCAACGCGAUCAAGCUAGAAAAUCUGAACGACUACUACAACGAGGGGGAGGAAUGCAUAAAGCCCUUUCUGUACAAUUCGCAACUUGUGAAUGAGGACGAUCUGAGCAAGCCAAACUUAAUUAACAUAAACAAGAAGAAUAAAGAAAAAAAAAAAAAAGAGAGAGGAGAAAUAUCACUAACUGACUGCUUAGCCUGUAGUGGCUGCGUUACAAACGAAGAAACAAAUUUUCUUAAAAACCAAAAUGCAGUUGAAAUUUUAAACGAAAUUAGAAAAAAAAAAAUUAACAUCAUUUCGUUGUCUUUGCAAAGCAUCACAGCCUUGUCCGUGCAUUAUAAUUUGUCCAUUCCGAGGACACAGAAGAAGUUAUGCUUUCUGUUGAAGUCGCUGGGAUUUGAUUUUGUGUAUGAGUCUUCCCUCAGCGAGUUGAUAGCUCUGAAUGAGAGCAAGCGCGAAUUUAUGCACCACUUUGGGGAGGCCACAAGGACAGGCCAACAGAGCGACCACUACCCAAGUAAUGGCGACGAUACCUUGAAGAGUAAAAGGAACCACCGCCUGAAGUCCAAGCGGGCAAGUAAAAAUGAUGCAAAGGGUAGUAACCCUGAGAAGGUAUUUACAAAUGGGAGUAACCUCACCAAAAGCAACACCAACCAUCCCUCCAUCUCCACAUGUGAGGAAGGAAAUGUCUCCCUUCCCCUGAUUUGCUCUCAUUGCAGUGGCACCGUUAUAUAUGGGGAGAAAAAUUUCGAUGAAGCACAGCUAAAGGCAUUUAGUAAGGUAAAGUCCAGUCAGGACAUACAGGGAAUUAUUUUAAAAAUUCUGCACCUCCAGAGAAGCAUAAAUGUGACUCUUCCCCUGUUGAAAAGCCUCCCCCCGCAGAGCAACUUUUUCAAUUGGUCCUGCAACUACGAGUCACAAUUUUGGGCCGUUUGCAGGAAGCACUAUCGCAGACACCACGGUCUGUUGCAGUCGGGUGCAGUUAGCAGCGGAAGGGGUGCAAGUGAUGGAAGUGAUGGAAGUGGUGGAAGUGGUGGAAGUGAUGGAAGCGGAGGCGUGCCUGUCAACGCCCCAACCAUCUACGACAUCAACCAUGUUUACCUGCUGUACUGCUUUGACAAAAAAUUAGAGGCACACAGAAGUAACCUUCCCCAACAGAAUUCCCUAAAUGAGAACAUGCUCUCUUACCUCUCUUAUGUCUCCCCACGGACGUUCGACCCGAUGAGGGACACGGCCAGCGCAGACCAACAGGAGAAGAAGAACUUCCAUUGCGUCGAUGCUGUACUAACCACGGUGGAGCUAGUCGAGCUGAUAAACGACACGGAAAUUGAUUUUGUGUCGCUGCCAGAGAUGCCUGUUGAUAGUGUGUACGACCUUUUGCGGGGCACCAUGAAAGGGUUGCAGCAAGAUAAGACGAAAAGGGUUCCCGACAAAGCUAUCGCGGGGGAGACGCCGUCCACGACAAACGCCGAACGAACUGCCACCCGCAACCUGCAUCAACUGCACGGAGUGAGCGAACUGCGCGAACUUUACGAGCAGCUCUCCCAGUACACACUCCGGUGCAGCAACAUAAAUAACAUUUCCAUGGGCUACGGAGAAGAAAUGUUCAAAUAUGUGUGCAGAGAAGUGUUCAAUUUUGAGGUGCACGAGAAGGAGUUCGAUUUCAAGUAUCACGACAUAGUGGUCUUAUCCCUGUUGGAAGGAGACCACUGUGUUUUCAGGGUGAUCCUGUCAUACGGCUUUAAGAGUAUGUAUAGUGUUAUCCGGAAGGUGAAGGAAGGCAAAGGGGUGAGCGCACCACGGAGAAGUGCACCACCCAACCCCCCCAGUGGGGCAACAAAAUACCACGUACAAAUUACAUACAAUCUACAUUUCACAGGAAGAAUCGACUACAUUGAAUUGAUGGCAUGCGAAAAGGGGUGCCUCUUCGGAUGCGCCCAGAACAUUUUUUCGGAACGUGUCCAUAGGCGCACCUCCUGCCUAUGCUACAACUCUCGCAUUUUAAAAAAAAUCGCGCAGCAGGAGGUUAUUAAAAAUUUUGACUUCCUCCGUUCAAAUGAACAUAACGAUGCGCAGGGGGGUGGAGGACAAGCGGAAGACGAAACAGGAGGCAUUAUCUGUGCCUGCGAAAAGCACACACGGUGUGAUCAUCACGUGCAAGAUGUAGAAGCCUCAUCGAUUAACCAAGGGGAAGUACAAAAUGGUUACGAACUGUUUAAUCAGAAAAAAGUGAACACAGAAAAAUUGUUUCAAAAAUUGUAUGACACCAUGCAUAGUGACCAACUCACGGUGUAUGUCAAUUCGAGCAAAUGCGAUAGGGAUAUAAGUGUCGAAUCGUUUUUAAAAAACAUCAGCAAUUUUUUCAACACGGAAACUUUCCACAUUCUUAAGACUUCCUUUUCUUCCAAGAAGAAGGCAGACAUUAUCAAUUGGUGA